AUGGUGCGCACAUGUCCGAGAAUCAAAAUUGCAAGUCGAAACGAAAGCCUUUCCAACUGCUUCCGUAUCACACAUACAAUCUCGAACAGACAGGCCGCGCGCCCGGAAACUGGUGCAACAUAUUCCAACCCGAGUCAAAACAAGACUCUUCGAAAAUAUGCAGCUUCUGAUUUCCAGCGUGUUUCUUUACUGAAUUAA